AUGGCUGAAAACUGGCAGGAUAUUGCCUCAAAGGCCCAAGCAGGCCUUUUAAACUCAAUACCUCCCAAAUGGCGUCUGCCCGAGCCGGUCGACCCGUCUGUGAUGGACGUGCGUGGCAUUCCGAGGGCCUGCGGACUGCUUACGGAGAAACAACUCUUGAUCACCGAGCAGACGGCCAGUGAGCUCGUUCCCCAGCUGAGAGACGGCAAGCUGUCCUCUGUCGAAGUGACCGAGGCCUUUUGCGCAAGGGCCGCAAUUGCACAUCAGUGUGUGAACUGCCUGACAGCAUUCUUCCCCGAUGAGGCUCUUGCACGAGCAAAAGAACUCGACGACAUCCUCGCAAAGACGGGCGUCCCGGUUGGGCCCUUGCACGGGUUACCCGUGGGUAUCAAGGACAUCUUCCACAUGAAGGACAAGAACCUGACCAUGGGCUACCUGGCAUGGCAUAACAACCGGUGCACGUACGAUGCGUCAAUCAUACAGAUGCUGAGAAAUGCGGGAGCUGUCUUCUUCGUGCGCACCACCAUGCCGCAGACAGGCAUGUUCCUCGAAACCUGGAGCAACCUCUGGGGCCGUACCAUGAACCCUUUCAACAGGCACUUCUCUGCGGGCGGCUCUUCUGGGGGUGAUGGAAGUCUCGUGGCCAUGCGAGGCGCGCCGUUCUGCCCAUCGACCGAUAUUGGCGGCAGCAUCCGCGCCCCGGGCACCUUCAACGGAUUGUACGCCAUGCGACCGACGGCCGACAGAACGGCCAAGAGGGGCAUGGGCACACCCGCUCCUGGUCAGAUCUCUAUCAAGGUCUCCUCGGGCCCCAAUUGCUACAGCAUGGCCGACGUCAAACUCGUGGCCGAGAUCCUCCUCACCCACCACGGCCUGCCCUUUGAACCUACCGCCGUGCGCAUGCCCUGGCAACAGCUCCCCGCGAAGACGGAGAAGCUCUGUAUCGGGUUGCUGGCCACGGAUGGAUGUGUGACUCCGCAGCCGCCGAUUGCGAGGGCGCUAGAGGAGACCGCGGCAAACCUGCGCGCGGCCGGUCACGAAGAAAAAGCGAAUCAUGCUCGUUCUGACGCAAAAGGGGGGGUGUACAUAGUGAUCGAAUUCCAACCACCGUUUGACUGUUGGGAAGUCGCACAGGCCACGUGGCGGCUGUGGUUCCAGACGGGGGCGAAAGAGACGUUGGACCUGGUCGCGUCGUCGGGCGAACCGCUCUAUCCGACCUUCAAGUGGUAUCUCGAGACGUUUAACAUCCAGCCGUUGACCGUGCCGGAACUGUUCAAGCUCAACACCAAACAAGCAGAAUGGAAAUACCAAUUCGCCGCGGCGUGGCACGCCACCGCGUCGCGCACCCGCUCCGGCCGCCCGAUCGACUGCCUGCUCUGCCCGUGCGCCCCGUCGGCGAGCUUCCCCCACGGCUUCCCCGUCUGGUGGGGAUACUUCAGCCUGUGGAACCUGCUCGACUACCCGAGCAUCGUGCUGCCGCUGAAGAAGAUGCGGGUCGACCGCGACAAGGACCGCAAAGAUGUCGGGUACACGCCCCGCGACAACGUCUUUGACCGCAUGAAUUGGGAGGUCUACGAUCCCGAGAGGUGGGCGAAUCUGCCCGUCACGGUGCAGCUGGUCAGACCGCAGUUUGGGGACGAGGAACUCAUCGCGGUCGCUGAGGUGGUUGAUCAGGUUUGUAAUUCGUGA